AUGUUCGAGGAAGAUACAACCCACCUGGACACCUCUAUCGCCUUUGAGGAUACGUCAAUCGCCACACCUGGCUAUCUUGAGCAUUCGCUCGUCUUCCACGAUACGCUCCUGUCGUCUCAGGUCCUACCAGACGGUAUAACGGAUAAGAGCGUCAGCUCAUCAUCCUUCUUGACUACUUCUUUCGGAACUACUCUAUCGGACUUUGACAGCCCAAGCAAAGUCGAUGAGCAUACACUACUCGUCAAAGUCGCGCCCAAGAUGAGUAUCACGCCUCUUGGACUGUUACCUAACGCACAACGUCUACGGGAGAUCUACCCGCAAACCCCAACACCGAACUUCUUAUGCGUUGUGACAGCGACUCCGGAACAAAAAGAAGUCUUCGUUCGGAAGGGCGGGUACAAGAUGAAUCUAUGGGAGAUCAUCGUUGCGGAUGAUACACGCUCAGACUUCAAGGUCACGUUCUGGCUGCGCCCACUCCGAGAGUCCAACAACGAACAAAACCAUAUUCAAAACCAACUACUGCAGACACUAGAGAGCAUCAAAGUUGGCGACAUUCUGCUUCUGAGGAACAUUGCGUUGACAUCGUUCGGUGACACCGUGUUUGGCCAAUCUCUGAACCCGGCCAUCACACGGGCUCGAACGACUAUUGAUGUCUUGACGAGAAGCAAUGGUGUAUCAGCUGCUCAGCUGGGCGGGCUCCCAGUGCCAGUACUCGAAGUUUUCAAGAAAGUCAAAAAGUGGGCAAGAUUGCACAUCGCAUCUGAUAGUGCAGGCUCGAGAAAGAGAAAGAGUAGCCAGGCGAAACAGCUCAAGGACACGAAACGCACUUUGACAGCGCGUGAUGUCGAUGACUCCAUGCCUCCCGACACUAUGGAAAGUGUAUGA